UUAUCAGAAAUCUUGGUGGUGCAAAUACAUUGAAACUUCCCAGAACCAACCAGACCACACAUGGGGGUUGUUGAGAGCUUUUUCUCACCCCUCCCCUCUCCAUUUAACCAUGCGCUUUCUCUACACUCCUGAACAGCAUCACUUCUAUAUCCUCCACUAUUCUACUCUCUCUCCACCGCGGCUCCGCCAGGUUCCAGUCCUGCCUGUGAAGAACUAGGGUUUGUUGGAGUUGUUUUUUCUGUUGGUCUGCGCAGAAUCAAUGUUUGUUGAGGCCGAUGUUUUGUGAUAAUAACGUGAUUAAAUAUGAAUAGAUUCACGGAUUAGAGAGUGGUGACGUCGCUUUCUGUGACUAAAUAAGUUAUUAUUAUAUUUUGUGUGGUUUAGAUAUAUAUCUUUGCUGUUGUUGAUAGACCAGAUGUUUUAUGUUGCCUCUGUGUAAGGGUUUGAUACCAAAAGCGGACCCUUUCAAUCUUGCUUCCUUAAUCCAAUACAGUCUUAUUUCCUCCCCACUUGCACUUAUCCGUACACAGAAGAAGAUGAAGAAUUAAUCCCCGUAUUAUCCACUCUCUCUUUCUCAAAAAUAUCUGAUACCAACAGAAAGGAAAAAAAUACACAAAAAAUCCCGAAAGGGUUUUGUUUUUGUUCAUCGAAGAUCAACAGUUUCAAAAGAAAUGAAGGGGGAGAAAGUUCAGGUUCAGGUUCCGGUUCUUCAUCACCAUCAAGAUUUGCCUGCAGAAGAUCAGGAGGAUACUCUCGGAGUGGACCACGGAGAGAUGUGGCUUGACGAUGGCCAGGAGACUGCUCUUCUUGCCGAUAUCAAUGACCCUUCCAUCUUCUACAACGACCACUUCCCUCCUCUCCCGGACUUCCCAUGCAUGUCCUCCUCUUCCUCCUCAUCCUCCACUCCUGCACCGGUCAAGCCAGUCACGUGCUCCUCCUCCUCCUCUUCAUCGGUCUCCUCGUCCUCCUCCGCGGCCUCUUGGGCCGUUCUCAAGUCGGAUGCGGAGCCCGAAGAUGGAGAGAGAAAGCGGCAGCCCAACCAGAACAGUUACCACCACCAGCACUCGCAGAUUGAUGAUCAGACAGUUGAUGCGCAUGCUUUGUCCUCCACCGCCUCGAUGGAGAUCUCUCAGCCGUUGGAUCUCGGCGGUGGUGGUGGCGGAAUAGAUUGCAUGGAAGAGACGGAAACUUUUGGGUACAUGGAUCUCUUUGAACCCAACGAGUUUUUUUACCCUUCUUCCAUUUUCCAAAGUGACAGCCUUUUCAUGGAGCAGUUUCAACAAGAUCAAGAUAAUCAGCAAUUAGCCAUGGCUCAACUAUUACAAGACCAUCAUGAAAGCGCUACUACUAUUCAGUCCAAUCCCCAACAACAAAAACAAGUAGUUGGACAUGAUGAGGAGAAUACUAAUAAGGAUCUGAGUAAUGAAAACAAGGAUCCGGACGACAUGGCCAUGGUGUUCUUGGAGUGGCUGAGGUCCAACAGAGAGACGGUCUCCGCCGAAGACUUGAGAAGUGUGAAGAUCAAGAAGUCGACGAUCGAGUGCGCCGCCAGGCGCUUGGGCGGAGGAAAAGAGGCCAUGAAGCAGUUGCUUAAACUUGUGCUUGAGUGGGUUCAGACCAACCAUCUCCAAAAGAGGCGCAGCAAUAGCAUCACCACCAAAGACUCCAACAUAAUCACCCAACAACAGUACCAAGAUCCUUUUCUAAACCCUAACCCUAACCCUAGUUCUAGAGUAUUUGAAUCAAACCCUUCUCGUAAUUUCACUCAAACACAAUGGAUGGCGCCUCCACCACAUGCAGCCGCCUAUGAUCCGGCAGCGGGGGGACUACUUAUCCCCACUCCUCCUCCGGCUCCUCCUCCGCCUGCGACUUAUACUUCCAUGAUAGGGUACAUGGCAGCUGACCCUUUUGGGAAUGGGCCAAGCCCAUACCAAACAUCUCCGGAGUAUCAUCAUCACAUGAUUGAAUCCGGUCAGCCAUCAUGGCCGUCUUCUCCGUUCGGUAUGGGAACAGCCCCUUACGGGUCAUUCCCGGAUAAUAACAUUCACCUAGCCCCUCCCCAACACCAUCCCCAGGCUUUUGCUGGGUAUGGCAGUCAAUACCAGCCUUAUCAAUAUUUUCCCGGGAAUGGUGAGCAUCAGUUGAUGAGGUUAGGGUCUUCGGCUACCAAAGAGGCGAGGAAGAAACGGAUGGCGAGGCAGAAAAGGCUUGUGUCUCACCAUAGGCACCACGGCCAUCAACAGAAUUCUCAGCAACUUAAUAAUCAAAUGCCAGAUCAUCACCAUCUUCAGCAGACAAGGCUUGUUGGGAACACUACUGAUCUUAAUUGCACUGGUGCUGUGCCGCUGCAGGCCAAUCCGGGCAACUGGUUUUACUGGCCCACCGCCACAGCAGCCCCGUCCCCUUCUGCCAUUGCCAUGAUGCCUAGCAUUAUGCAGGAAGCCGCACCACUUCCUCCAGUGCAGCAGAUGGAUCGGCCAGCUAGUACUCAAGCACAGAAUUACAAUCACGGUCGUAGUGCUGUGCAAGAAAGACAAGAAAGACAGGAGAGGCGUCAGGGAUGGAAAUCUGAGAAGAAUCUGAAGUUUCUUCUUCAGAAGGUGUUGAAGCAGAGUGACGUGGGUAGUCUUGGAAGAAUUGUAUUGCCAAAAAAAGAAGCAGAAACCCAUCUUCCUGAAUUGGAUGCAAGAGAUGGGAUUUCCAUUGCAAUGGAGGACAUUGGGACUUCUCGUGUGUGGAACAUGCGCUACAGUUUCAGGUACUGGCCCAACAACAAAAGCAGGAUGUAUCUCCUUGAAAACACAGGAGAUUUUGUGAGAGCAAAUGGACUCCAAGAAGGAGACUUCAUAGUCAUCUACUCCGACGUGAAAUGUAACAAAUAUAUGAUACGAGGAGUGAAAGUACGGCAUGCGGGGCCAAAAUCAGAGAGGCAAGCCGGGCCAAAAUCAGAGGGCAACAAAAGGCCAGGAAAGUCGCAAAGGAACCAGCAUGCAAGCACUCCACCUGGCAACAAUGGUUCGUCACCUUCUUCAGCCACAACGGCACACAAGAAAGAAAGAGUGAAGUAAGAGAUAAGGGAAAUGAAAGAGAAGACCAAGUGCAACUUAGAUACCUCUUACGUUUUUUCUUCUGUCUUCCAUGCAUGAAACGAAUCGACAGAUGGACAGUGAAGAUAGCCUAGGGUUUGAUGAAUCUCAGUUGAUCGACGACUCUGCAAAUCAUAUCUAGCUAAGCCUCCUUGUCUUUAAUUGGUCCAUUUUUCUCUCUGGUCAAGUUAAGCUGCUAUUUCAUGGAGGAGACCAUAAUGCGUUAGAAAAUAGUGAAGCUUAAUUUUUACGCAGGUUGGUUUCAGUCAGGAAUGGCAUGGACUUUUGGUUUCUGGAUAACAUGGUCUGAUCAGUUACAAUGUAUAGGCUGUUUCAAAAUAUUGUUUUGGUUAAUUAGGGAGGUGUAUUAUUAUGUGAUAUUAUAUGUUUUGGGGGUGAUAAAUCGGGUAUAAUAUAGCACCCCAAUUAAGUUUAUAGUGUUUGUUGUGCUUGUCAAUUAUUGACAUGUAUUUUGUAGAAGUUAAAGGAUCAUUUAUGUACUAUU